AUGGACUUCUUCAACUCAGCUCUUGGAAAAAACAUCACUUUUGUGCGUCCUGAAUAUUUCAUAAUAAGUGGAUUUAUUGGAAUGCCUCAUGUUAAGUAUUACUAUGUGUUCCUGUGUUUUGUCUACAUUGUGACUGUUCUUGGGAAUGGCAUUCUUCUCUCAGUUAUUUACUAUGUCAAGACUCUGCAUACUCCCAAAUACAUGGUUGUGUUUUACCUGGCUUUGACAGAUAUGUGUGGGAGCACAGCUCUCAUCCCAAAGGUCUUAGAUACUUUUUUGUUUGAAAGGAGAUACAUUGUCUAUGAAGCUUGCCUAAGUUAUAUGUUCUUUGUUUUAUUCUUUUUAUCUGUACAGUCAUGGACACUUAUCACAAUGGCAUAUGACAGAUUUAUAGCAAUUUGCUUCCCUUUAAGGUACCGCAGUAUUGUGACGACCCCGUCUAUCGCUGCAUUGUUGCUGUUUUCGUGGGUUACUUUAUUUAGUUUAGUAGGAUUUACUGUUGGAAAUAUUGAUAACCUCUCCUUCUGUGACUCUUUGUUGGUAAACAGCUUUUUCUGUGAUCAUUCACCAGUAUAUCGUCUGUCCUGCAAUGACUCGUCUAUAAAUAACAUAAUGCAGGGUUCUUACGCUCUCAUUAUAAUCCUCUGUAUUCCUCUUAUAUUGAUAACUUUAUCGUAUGUUGGCAUUUCAAUAGCACUAGGCAGGAUUGCAUCAGGAGAGGAACGACUCAAAGCCUCUGAAACUUGUACCUCUCACAUGAUUCUUGUGGCAUUCCUACCAAUUAUUGGCACCAACAUAGCAUCAGUAGUCUCUUACAUAAACCCUAAUGUCAGAAUGAUAAACACAUCUUUGACAAACACCAUGCCAGCUUUGCUCAAUCCUAUUGUAUACUCUUUAAAGACGGAGGAAAUUCUGAUGGCUAUCAAGAAGCUUGUCAAAAGAAAUAGGAUUAGCUUCAGUGCCAAAAAAAGGUUGAAAUCUUAA